ACUCGACGACACUGUCAAGUGUCAAUGUCAAAAUAAACACACACGCUCGUUCGCAUGACAUUCGGUGACGCAUGGCGUUUUGAGGUUAGCUUCAUUUUGUUUCGUGUUUAUUAGUGAAAAUGUCGUUCCGUGGUAGAGGUGGUGGCGGUGGAGGACGCGGUUUCGGCGGCCGAGGCGGUGGUGGCGGCGGCGGAGGCCGGGGAGGCCGCGGCGGCUUCGGCGGAGGCCGAGGACGUGGCGGCGGCGGAGGAGGUUUCAGACAGCAAGAUAUGGGCCCCCCUGAAAGCGUGACUCCUCUGGGGCACUACGGCUGGACAGUGCAGGACGACCUGGUCUGCAAAGUCGACAUUGAGGACGUACCUUACUUCAACGCGCCAAUUUAUCUAGAAAACAAAGAGCAAAUCGGCAAAAUUGACGAGAUCUUUGGCAAUCUGCGAGACUACUUCGUUUCAGUUAAGUUAGGUGAGAAUAUAAAAGCGAAGAGUUUUAAGGAUGGACAGCAGUUUUAUAUUGAUCCGGCGAAAUUGUUGCCGUUGAAGAGGUUUCUUCCGCAGCCGCCUGGUGCGAAGCGCGGCGGUCGAGGGGGUAGGGGCGGCGGUGGAAGAGGUGGGGGUGGUUUCGGGGGUAGAGGAGGUGGUCGAGGCGGCGGCGGAGGGUUUGGCGGCCGAGGAGGCGGCGGCCGCGGUGGUUUUGGCGGCCGAGGUGGUGGCGGCGGCUUUGGAGGCGGUGGCGGCGGCUUCGGAGGCGGUGGACGAGGUGGAGGCUUCGGGCGUGGCGGCGGCGGCCGUGGAGGUGGUUUCAGAGGCGGCCGGCGGUAGUGUGUCUACAUGCGAUAGUGGUAGUGUGACUAUAUUGACUGUGAGAGUGAGCUGUUGGCCCUCGCCACAAAAGCUAGAUGGCACUUUCUAUGAUUAUGUGUUUUUAGUUGUUUUAUCAUUGUUUGAUACAUACAAAUCUUAUGUUAAAAAGAAUAUCUAUGAUAAAAGUGUAAAUGACAGACUUUAACUUUUUAAUUUAAGGAUAGGCAACCUCCAAUUUGGAUUGCUUAACCUCGUAAGAUUCAGGGCAAAUUUUGCUUUCUUUUUUUUUGUAUUAGAGUUCAAAGCUCAAAUUGGGCACUUACAGUGUUAAGUCGGUACAUUUUAAAUUUAAGGCAAAGUAGUCAGACAUAAUUUUACUUUACAAUAUUAUAUUUUACUACUUUGUCAGCUUUAACCUUCUCGACGCUGUGUCAAAUACAAAAGCUGUCACUCGGACGCCACACCAUUGAAGUGUCAAAACUGAAAUUGAACUUUAUGUGAAUGCACUUAGGUCUAUAUUGCUCUGUGGUCUAUGAUGGAUAAAUCGGUCUUUGGCGUUGGACCUACGCUGCCGAUAUAUCUGUCAUUGGCGUCCAAAAGGUUAAUACUGUACAUUGUGUAUGUGUAUUAAUCCAGUGAUUGUUGAGUAUAUGUUGUACCUAGUUAAAGCUUUAGGUAGUUACUUUUUAGGUUAAGUAUAAUUUUGAGAAGUGUAUGUAGACUAAGUUUUUUGUGGCGAGGGCCAAUUAUUGUCUUAAUUUUAAGUACCAGCACUGUUAAGAAUAAAGUUAUUAUUCUUGCA